AUGAAGGAAAAAUCCAAGAACGCGGCAAAGACUAGGCGGGAAAAGGAAAAUGGAGAGUUCUACGAACUGGCCAAACUGCUGCCCCUGCCCUCUGCCAUCACCUCGCAGCUGGACAAGGCCUCCAUCAUCCGCCUCACCACCAGCUACCUCAAGAUGCGAGCCGUCUUCCCCGAAGGUCUGGGCGACGCCUGGGGACAGCCGAGCAGGAUAGGGCCCUUGGAUAACGUGGCAAAGGAGCUCGGAUCCCAUUUGCUUCAGACUUUGGAUGGCUUUGUUUUUGUGGUAGCAUCAGAUGGCAAAAUAAUGUACAUCUCAGAAACAGCAUCAGUACAUCUUGGCUUAUCACAGGUGGAGCUUACUGGUAAUAGCAUUUAUGAAUACAUACACCCUUCGGACCACGACGAGAUGACAGCCGUCCUUACUGCCCACCAGCCCCUUCAUCCUCACCUCUUACAAGAAUAUGAAAUUGAGAGAUCAUUUUUCCUGAGAAUGAAGUGUGUUCUAGCCAAGAGGAAUGCAGGAUUGACAUGCAGUGGCUACAAGGUGAUCCAUUGCAGUGGCUACUUGAAGAUACGGCAAUAUAUGCUAGAUAUGUCCUUGUAUGACUCCUGUUACCAAAUCGUUGGGCUGGUGGCUGUAGGUCAAUCUUUACCUCCCAGUGCAAUCACUGAGAUCAAGCUUCACAGCAACAUGUUUAUGUUCAGAGCAAGUUUGGACUUAAAGUUAAUAUUCCUAGAUUCCAGGGUGACUGAAUUAACUGGGUAUGAGCCUCAAGACCUGAUAGAAAAAACCCUCUAUCACCACGUUCAUGGAUGUGAUGUGUUCCAUUUACGAUAUGCUCAUCAUCUCUUGUUGGUGAAAGGCCAAGUCACAACCAAGUACUAUCGACUACUGUCCAAGCAUGGAGGCUGGGUGUGGGUACAGAGCUAUGCCACCAUUGUGCAUAACAGCCGUUCUUCACGGCCUCACUGCAUAGUGAGUGUCAAUUAUGUCCUUACAGAUAUUGAGUAUAAGGAACUUCAGUUAUCACUGGACCAGGUCACCAUUUCUAAGUCACAGUUUUCAUGCAGAAACUCAGUAUCUACCUCACAGGAAACAAGGAAAGUAGUAAAACCCAAAAGUAAUAAGAUGAAGGCAAAACUGCGAACAACGCCUUACCCACAACAGCAAUACAGCUCAUUUCAAACAGACAAACUGGAAUGCAGCCAGGUGGGAAACUGGCGAUCCAGCCCUGCAGUCAACGCCGCCACCAUCCAAGAACAAAACUUCCAUUCAGAAAACAGUGAACUUUUAUAUGCCCCGUCAUACAGCUUGCCUUUCUCUUACCAUUAUGGACACUUCCCUGUAGAUUCUCAUGUCUUCAGUAGCAAAAAGCAAAUGCUGCCGUCCAAGUUCGGGCAGUCUCAAGGAGCACCUUGUGAAGUGGCACGGUUUUUCCUGAGCACGCUGCAGGCGAACGGAGAGUGCCAGUGGCAUUAUGCCAACUCCUUGGUACCCAACAGCCAGUCGCCAUCCAAAAGUCUUUCUGAUCAGCCAGUGAACAUCGUCCGGCACAAUCUUGCACAGAGUUACGAAGUGCCCCUAUCAAACAGAAGAUACAGCCAGGAUGCUCUAUCUGACAACUUCACAAGCUGCACAGCGCCCGUGCCAGGCAGCAGAUACAAAGAAGAGAUUUAUGAUUCCAACGUCAUGAAGCCCAACAAAAUAGAAAGCAGGAUUCAACCAUCUCACCAUCUCAUUAAAGAAGAGAACAAGUUGGCUUUUAACAGAGACCUACAAGAAAAAAUGAGCAUUAACGAAAGUUCUUUUUCAAACUCAAUAGCCAGCUCCUUGCUGCCAAAAGCCGAAUGUUUCCAGUCUAAAGCUAUAGGACAAUUAAGUCAUCUGCUGCCCGUGCCCUCAGUCUAUGAGCAGACAAGAAGGAUUUGUAUGAAGGAACCCAAAUACGGGCAUAUUAGUCACCACGCCACGAACCUAGAUGAGCUGGACAGCGAGGAGAGACCGGCUGCGAAGCUCGACCACGGCUCCGAGAGCGAUCGCGUGGUGGAUGUCAGAGCCUCUGGACAAGUCCCAUUCGUGCUGCUGAACUACCACCACGUCCUAGCCAAGCACGGCACAUUUCAAACCUCAUCGUGUACAGCCGCAGGACACGUAGGAGAAAACUAUGGAUACAGUUCCGAGGAAGUAAAUACAUUUAUUUACAAGAACCAAAGCCCCUCAUCAGCUUCUUCUCCAGAAAACCACAAGGAAUCUGCACUACCCCACUAUAUCGGAACUUCUGUAAUAAUAGCCAAUGGAAGGUGA